AUGGCGUACUCGACUGCUGGGCCCUCCCAAGGCUUGGGCCUUUCUAGAAGCUCCAUCUACAGCUUAUUCUUCCUGGUGGCACUGUGCGUCCUCAGUACGCUGGCAGCUUGCGGCUCCGCGGCCGCCACGGGUGACAAGUAUCUUAUUGGCGUUGGUAAAGCAGACAUCACAGGCCCUGUUGUUGAAAUCGGCUUUGCCGGAUACGCCAAUCUCGACCAGAAAGGCACUGGUCUUCGGCAGCGUCUGCACAGCCGCGCUUUCAUUGUCGCUGAUAAGAAUAAUCCUGAUGACCGGUUUGUGUACCUGGUCCUAGACUCGCAGUCUGGAGAUACUGCUACACGUUAUGGCGUAUUGGACGGACUAAAGAAUCUGGGAGCUGAGUACAGUAUCUACGGCCAUAAUAACAUCGCUUUGACCGGCACUCACAGCCAUGCUGGCCCAGGCGCCUGGUUCAACUAUCUCUUACCGCAGAUCACAACCCUGGGCUUCGACAAGCAGAGCUACCAGGCUCUCGUGGACGGUGCCGUGCUGUCAAUUAAGCGCGCCCAUGAAAAUCUCCAGGACGGCUAUUUGGAUGCAGGCACGACAAGAGUCAAAGAUGGCGCUAUUAACCGCUCGCUUUACGCCUAUCUUGCCAAUCCCGAAUCCGAACGCAAACAAUAUGAAGACGAUACCGACACUUUAAUGACCCUCCUUCGUUUCAAGCGUGCUUCCGAUAACAAGGACAUCGGCGUCCUCACAUGGUUUCCCGUUCACGGCACCUCCCUUCUCGGUAAUAAUACCCACGCUGCUGCGGACAACAAGGGUGUUGCGGCGUGGAUGUUCGAAAAUGCCAUGAAGGAUAACUCUAACGCUGCCGAUGGAUUUGUGGCUGGGUUUAGUCAGGCUAAUGUGGGCGAUACUACACCAAACGUUCUUGGGGCAUAUUGCGAUGAUGGAUCCGGCCAGCAGUGUAGCUUGGAAAAUAGCACCUGUGCGGAUGGCAAGUCGCAGAGUUGUCACGGACGGGGACCCGAGUUCAGAGCGUUGGACCUCGGCGUUAAAAGCUGUUAUGAGAUAGGACGCCGUCAAUUUGCAGGUGCUCAAACCAUCUACAACUCCCUGGGUACUUCGGGAACCCCAAUUGAAGGCUCAUCCGUCAAGGCAUUCCAUUUCUUCCACGACAUGCGAUUCUGGAACUUCACUCUUCCCAGUGGCAAGCAGGCCCAGACUUGCCCAGCCGCUUUGGGCUACUCGUUCGCAGCUGGAACAUCCGACUGGCCUGGCGCAUUCGAUUUUACGCAAGGUGAUUCUGGCGAGCCCAAUGCCAAUCCCAUUUGGAGAGUCGUUUCGGGGCUUAUUAGAACGCCCACGGAGGAACAAAAGGCAUGCCAAGGCUCCAAGCCUAUUCUCCUCGACGUUGGUGAAAUGGAUGAACCUUAUGCCUGGACACCAAACAUUGUCGACAUUCAAGUCCUCCGCGUAGGUCAAUUCCUCAUCAUUGUCUCUCCCUCGGAAGCAACCACCAUGUCUGGACGACGGUGGAAAGCUGCUGUUGCAACCGAAGCUUCUAGCUUCUUGCCUCAGAAGCCCAUCGUUGUUCUUGGUGGCCCAGCAAACAGCUAUUCUCACUACUGUGUUACACCCGAAGAAUACGAAAUUCAACGCUACGAGGGUGCAUCGACAUUGUUUGGACCCCAUGAACUGGAUGCCUACAUCAACCUCACCGUCAGCAAUAUGCAUUACCUCCACCCAGACUCAAAGGACACGCCUGACCAAGGACCUCUUGCGCCCGACAACCGUGGCAAAGCGCUCUCCUUCAUCACCGGCGUGGUUGUCGACGGUGCGCCGAUCGGCUCAUCGUUUGGCAAGGUGGUCCACCAACCGUCCGCAUCAUAUCAAAUCGGAUCUGUGGUCAACGUCACUUUCCAAGGCGCCAACCCUCGCAAUAACCUCCGCCAGGAACAGACUUUUGCCGCCGUCGAGCAGCAAGGUUCCGACGGCUCGUGGACCCGAGUACGCGACGAUACAGACUGGUUCCUCGUCUAUUCAUGGCGCCGGACCAACUUCAUCCUGGGAUACAGCGAGGUGGAUAUAUCAUGGGAGACGUAUGGGAAUGCCCAACCAGGCACGUACAGAAUCAAAUACUACGGCGACUCUAAGCCCCCGAUUGGCAGUGUAAAUCCAUUCGAUGGGACUAGCAAUUCAUUCAAGUUGACGGGCGGCUUGACACGACAGUUGCGCCCCUGA